CACACCUCCAUGGACACGGGGACCCCACAGAGACCAUCAUAUGCUGCAAGUGAGCUGGCUAUGCAUUCAUCAAGCAGAUAAUUUACCUUUCAAUCAAAAAGAGCUGGUCACACACUGGAACGCACUUUUUUUGUUGAAAACUUUAUUUCAGAACCCCCUGCUGCAGAGAGAGAGAGAGAGAGAGAGAAAAGCAACCCACUUCGGGCUGAUUGUGGAUUAGAUGCAUGUCAAUGAUUCGGAGGCUUUUCUAGGCUGAGGCAAGGACCCAAAAGGAUAUACUGAGGAAUAAAUCAACUAGAAGAAGCGAAAAAAGUUUCCUCCAUCAUUAUGCCGAGGUACAACUUCUUCCCAUGCUUACUGGCGCUCAUCUUCCUGGGACUGUCAGGGAGCGACGAGCCCAAUCUACUGCUGCCUCCUACCAGCGAGCCGCCCACGGACGCGGGGCUGUCUCUGCUGGACGAGGACGCUGGCUCCCACGAGUGCUCCGCCUGCGUUUGGAGGGAGCAAAGUAAGGUGCUGCGGCUGGAGACCAUCAAGUCCCAGAUCCUGAGCAAGCUGCGCCUGAAGCAGGCGCCCAACAUCAGCCGGGAGGUGGUCAACCAGCUGCUGCCCAAGGCGCCCCCGCUUCAGCAGCUCCUGGACCACCACGACUUCCAGGGAGACGCGUCGGCCCAGGACGAGUUCAUGGAGGAGGAUGAGUACCACGCAACGACGGAGUCCGUGAUCACCAUGGCCUCGGAGCCUCGAGCCCGGCCUCCCCCACCAUCCUCUCCGCUCCCUUGGGACCGGCUGAGAGACAAAGAGGGAGCGGGGCCGGGUUUGGAUGGGAUGUUUGAGGGGAACUGGUUCAAGCAGCCCCACACCAACUGGGGAAUCGACAUCAACGCCUUUGAUGAGAGCGGCAAUGACCUGGCAGUUACCUCGCUACGACCCGGGGAGGAGGGGCUGCAGCCGUUCCUGGAGGUGAAGGUCCUUGAGACCACCAAGCGUUCUCGGAGGAACCUGGGCUUGGACUGCGACGAGCACUCCACCGAGUCUCGCUGCUGCCGCUACCCUCUGACCGUGGACUUCGAGGCGUUCGGCUGGGAUUGGAUCAUUGCCCCCAAGCGUUACAAAGCCAACUACUGCUCCGGCCAGUGUGAGUACAUGUUCAUGCAGAAGUAUCCGCACACCCACCUGGUGCAGCACGCCAACCCACGCGGCUCCGCGGGGCCCUGCUGCACCCCGACCAAGAUGUCCCCGAUUAACAUGCUUUACUUCAACGACAAGCAGCAAAUCAUUCACGGCAAGAUCCCAGGGAUGGUGGUGGAUCGAUGUGGAUGCUCUUAGGCUGCAGAAGGAGAUACACACACUUAAGGUCAGCCCUCAUUAAACCACCCAAAACCCCUA